GUCACUCUCUGAACUCAGUAGGUGGGUAACUAGCACAUUGUCCUUAGCUUGGGGCCUUAGCCCUAAUUCUGGGACAAAUGGAAACAUAUGAACAGUUCUAUUUCACAUUUUUUAUUUUAAUAAAACGUCAGUCAUCUAUUCAUUUAAAAUAUAUCUUUUUCAUGCUACUAUGCUCUAGGCCAUCCUUAUAUCCUGAUACAGAAAGAAGGUGGCCAUUCUCCCAUCUUGUCUUUCCAGGAUCUACAGAUGAGAGGUUCCCAGUGCGACAACCUGGGUUACUCCAGACCGUAUCAGCUGGGGACGCCAUCACCUUGAGUUGCACUGUAACAGAUUCACUUGAGAAUGGACCUGUCAUGUGGUUCAAGGGAACUGGGCCAAAGCGGAAAUUAAUCUACAAUUUCAAAAAAGGUGUCUUUCCCAGAGUAGAAGAAAUGGGACACACCACCAGUGCUGACAACACAGACUUUUCUAUCCGCAUCAGAGAAAUCUCUCUCACAGACGCCGGCACCUACUACUGCGUGAAGUUCAGAAACGAGAGCCCUGACUCGGAGUCCGUGUCAGGUCUGGGUACCCAUGUGUCUGUGACUAUUCAACCCUCCCUGCCUGUGAUAAUAGGCCCCUUGGAGAGGGCCCUACUUGGACACACCAUGAAUUUCAGCUGCGUGUCCUUCGGCUUCUUUCCCAAAAACAUCACCCUGAAGUGGUUCAAAAACGGGAAGGUGCUCCCAUCCUCGCAGACUCACGUGGUCCGGGUAAAGGACAGCAACACCUACCAAGUCUCCAGCACCACCGAGGUGCUUCUAGCGCCAAAGGACUUGCACUCCCGGGUCACAUGCAGAGUGAACCACACGAGCUUGCCUCACCCUCUCCGUGUGAACACCGAUUUGUCUGAGAACAUCCUAGUGCCACCUACCAUGGCUAUUUUUCAACAGCCCAUCUCAGAGGACAAGAUAAAUGUCACCUGCAAGGUAAAGGACUUCUACCCUGAGGGUGUGCGGCUGACCUGGCUGAAGAAUGGAGAGGUCUCCCGGACAGAUAAGGCCCUGACCCCCACCAGGAACAAAAAUGGACUGUACAGUGUGCAGAGCUCAACCCUGGUGAACAGAACGGGUCAAACGGAGGAAUCAGUGCUCACCUGCCAGGUGGAACAAGAUGGGCGGCAGAAGGCCACUGCAAAGACGACAUUUUUGGUCUCUGCUUCUUAGGACAAGGCUAAUUUAAGGAGGCACCACCAUCUUUCCUUAAAAAAACUUUCUUUUCAAACAUAAGACAUUUUAAACUGUUAAAGCAAAGCCUGCUCACACACGCACACUCAAAACAAUCUGAACAUUCAGAAUUGUAUAAAUAUCUAUUAGAAACUAAGUGUCUGUUAGAAAUCAAGUACAACCGUUCCAACCCCGCAAAGGGAUCCCCUAUUUAGGUGUUGCUGCACAUCCUUUUAAGGUCUCAUCCAGAUACAAAGUGGGUUUCAGAUACUCAGUGGUGGGGGCACUGGGUAAUUAAAAUUAAUUGGAGACUCCUGCCAAGCCGGGGAGGCUAUAAUUC